AUGACGACCGUGGGGUUCCUCAUCAAGCUGAGUCACUUGGGCGAUCAAGCAUCCCAUAUCAAAAGGAUACCACUUAUAAUCAUCACCUCCUUAUUCUUCGCCCUGGCGCUUUUCUCCUCUGGCAUUCGCAUCGCGCUUAAACUUCGCCGCCGUUGCCCCAUCUUACUAGACGACUAUAUCCUCCUCUUCGGCGUAUUAUGUCUUAUCGCAGCUACCGCAGCCAUGCAUUUAAUGCUGGUAGACACUUACAGCAUGAUGGCCAUCUCUUCCUUCGAAUGGGUCAGCGGGCGCAUGUCAUACUCACAGGUUGUCGAAGUUACUACGAGCGCUGCAAAGCAUCUAGACAUCUUCCAUUGCCUAGUUUGGACGAGUAUCUUCGCCGUCAAGUUCUCGUUCCUGGUAUUCUUCAAAGACUUCAUGGAUAGAAUGGAGAGCAGAAGGGCUUGGGCGUAUUGGGUUACGGUAUGCGUUGGUAUGGGCCUGGCGUGGGUGUACAACUUAGCCUCGCCGUUUAUCGGAUGCCGAUACUUCGGGGAAGAAGCUGUGGCGCGCUGUUCUGGCCCUGGCAAAGAAGACUUCUACCGUGCUCUUGCGGACGUUGGAACAGCUACGGAUUGCGUUACGCUUGUGCUAAGUAUGCCUCAACUUCUCCUUUGCCGCCCCUGGAAAUAUAUUUACGUUGAUCUAGUCGUUUCUUUGCCAAUCAUGGUAUUGCACCGCGUUCACCUCACGCGCCGGCAAAAGCUCGCCGUAGGAUCCUUCACGUCCUUGUCCAUCUCCAUGAUCAUAAUCGCGAUCAUCCGCACCGCCAAGCUCAAGAAUCCCCAGGGCAAGACCCACGAUGGGCCUCUACAAGCCUUCCUCACCUACAUCGAGGCCUGCAUCCUCGCGGUAUCCACAACUACCUUCCGAAGUAUCUUCAAUCAUUCCCAAUCCCAAGCGCAACCCGAUAAAGCACGCCGUAGAUGGACUCCUGGGGCCCUCACCCGUCGUAGGAGCCGGAGGACCGAGAGCGAAGAGCAGUUACAUAACGUAAACGUUACAGCACCUGAAGAUGCAUUACCAGGUCUCCGGACAUAUGUGACUGCCGACACUGGACACAAGAGGUGCGACCUCGCGAGGAAAGAAAGCGUGCUCAGGACGAGGGAGGUCGUGGUGGAAGUCACUUACGAGAAGGAUCUAGAGAAAGGGGAUUGGGGACGGUUGGGGAGCCCGAGCUGGAUGGACGAAAAGUGGAGGGUGAGUGAGAGCAGUGAGCCGGGAAACUGA